AUGGCUUCCACCGAGAAGCGCGAAGACAUGAUCUCCAUCGCCCGGGACCUGUCCGGGGUCCCCAUGUGCGACGACUACGAGAAGAUGAUAUCUGGCAUGCUGUACAACCCAACUCUACCCCGCCUUGUGGAGGCGCGACAUCGCUGUCGCAUCCUGACCAACGACUACAACAAUUUAGAUCCACGGAGUGUGCCAGCGGAGAAAAUCCAAGAGGUUCGAUUCGAGUUGCUUCAGAAACUUGUCGGUCGCGUUGGCGAAGGGACCUUUGUUGAGCCGCCUUUUCGCCCGGAUUAUGGCUGCAAUGUCGUCAUUGGGCGGGACUGUUUCAUCAAUUGGAACAUGACGAUCCUUGACACCUCGUUGGUGAUUAUUGGUGAUCGCGUCCAGAUCGCUAGUGACGUGGGCAUAUACUCUGCAACCCAUGAGACUAGCGUGUUGUCCAGACGUAAAUUCGUCGAGUAUGGACACCCGAUCAUCAUUGGAAAUGACUGCUGGAUAGGUGGAAGUGUAGUCAUCCUUCCCGGUGUGACGAUCGGUGAGGGCUGCACGAUUGGCGCUGGAUCUGUUGUGACAAAGGAUAUUCCUCCCUUCUCGGUGGCAGUUGGGAGCCCCUGCAAAGUGCGAAAAACCAUCCAGUCCGCGGAGGAGGAAGAGAAGGAUCCAAAUAACCCCUAUAGAAAUAUGUCCCGCGAGCUGUGA